CAGAGAAACAAACAUCGGUAUUGCUUAAACCACUUGCUAUUUCCAGUUCCAGUUUUUGCUAGGGCUGCCAUAACCAAAUACGGCAGAUUGAGUGGUUCAAACACCAGAGAUUGAUAUUCUCACAAGUCUGGAGGCUGUAGAAAUCUAACAUCGAGGUGCCGACAGGGAUUAUUCAGGAUCAGGUUGUAGCCAUUUUCAACAAGAAUCACUGAUCAAAAUUGUUCUUUUUACAAAGAGAUUUACAAGUCAAACAUGAAGGGAAAAUACUGGAAUCAUUUGGAUUCUGACAGGAUAAAGAAUACAAUAUUUCACAUUUACUUGUAAUGGAACCUUUGUAAGAUUCAUCACUUGUCAUUCACCCAGUUGGGAACAUGGAUGUUGGUUUUUCUCGUACUGCUGUUCAGACACUGUCAAGAAGCCACUGCAAAAACAUCAAACAAAAAAUUUCUCAAUGGGAAGGAAGGGCUAAUGGUAUAUCUAAUCCAGAAAAGUGGCGUCCAAAGGACUUUGGAGUGAGAUAUAACUGUCACCAAGAGAUCCGUCUGAAGAAAAAUCCUAUAGCUGAGAGAAAGAGCAAAAACUUGGAUGUAACCAGCUGUGAAAAUGUGGGUCUAGAUAUAAAUGAAGAUACCAAAAGCCAUGAUCAAAGUGAGAAUGAAAAUAAGAAACAUGAAUAUGACGAUACACACUUCUUUAAAAAUGAAUCAGAAUCCAACUGGGUAUGUUCUCGGGUCAAAGAAAUUGAAAGCUGUAAAGAAGAUGUCUUAGAUCCAGAGACUUCAUUACCUCCAGGAAACUUCUAUACCUCACAAAUACUGUGGAAGAAAAUAGAAGCACUUCCCCCAGAUAAACUCUUAAAUUUGGCUUUAGAACAUUGUGACUCUUCAGAAAAAGAACUGAACUUCAGAGUUCUGGAUAGUUCAUACGGAAUAACCAAGAGCUUGGAAAAUAUUUACUCUGAACCUGAGGGGCAAGAAUGUGGACCUUCCAUAAAUCCUUUGCCAAAACCUCGUAGGACAUUCAGAUAUUUAUCUGAAUCUGGUGUUACACCGUAUAAAGAAAGAAACUGUGACAAAAAAUACUGUGAAAAUAAUUCUUGUGCACAAUCUUCUUUGGCCUCUUCUGAGGAACCUGAGCCAAAGAAAUAUGGUGGAAAAAUCAGAGGAAGAUCUAAAAGGAAAUCCUUUGAAUUUGAGGAUAUUCAGCACUUUCGAAAUCGGAACUCACAGACGAUUCGUGAAGAACUUGGAAGAAAUUCUGGGUCAGCACUUUAUUACACACAGUCUGAGGACAAUAUCUAUGAAGAUAUCAUAUAUCCCACCAAAGAAAAUCCAUAUGAAGAUAUUCCAGUGCAGCCUUUACCUAUGUGGAGAUCACCUUCAGCAUGGAAGCUACCACCCGCUAAAAGUGCUUUUAAAGCACCCAAGCUCCCUCCCAAACCUCAGUUCCUUCACCGGAAGACUAUGGAAGUAAAGAACUCACAAGCUUAUUUGCGGUCAAAGCUCACAAAAGAUACCACUUUGCCGGUCACUUUAACGGAAUGGAAGCUUUUCCGAGCUGGUGAAGUUGCAAACAUGAAAAGGAAAAAUCUUCCAAGGCUUGUACUGAAAAUAGAUGACAUAUUUGAAUCUAAAAGAGGGAAGAAGAAGGUAAAGUUACAUUCUUACACUGGAAAGGAAUUACCUCCCACAAAAGGUGAAACCAGUGGGAAUGAAAGUGAUGCCGAGUAUCUGCCAAAGAAUCGCCAUAAACGUUUAGCACAACUGCAACAGUCUUCCAAGAGGAAUCCUCACUACCAGACCUUGGAGCGGGAUCUUAUUGAAUUACAGGAGCAGCAGCUGUUUGAACUUUUUGUGGUGGUGUCUCUACAGAAGAAACCAUCAGGAAUAAGCUAUAUUCCCCAGGUCAUACAACAAUUCCCUGGCAAGGAUGAUCAUGGCUAUAAGCAGUCCAAAGACAUGGAAGAGAGGCUUAAAGUUAUCCCAAAAUUUUGCUUUCCUGAUUCAAAGGACUGGAUGCCAACCUCAGAACUCAGGAGUGAAACAUUCUCCUUUGUCUUGACUGGUGAAGAUGGAAGCCGGUGGUUUGGUUACUGUAAGAAGCUCUUGCCAGAAGGCAAAGGAAAGCGACUGCCUGAGGUAUACUGCAUGGUUAGUCGCCUAGGCUGCUUCAAUCUUUUUUCAAAGAUUCUGGAUGAAGUAGAGAAGAGAAGAGAAAUGUCUCCAGCCCUUGUUUACCCAUUCAUGCGAAGUGUCAUGGAAGCUCCUUUCCCAGCUCCUGGACGCACCAUCACAGUUAAGAGUUACCUCCCUGGGGCUGGAGAUGAGUCCAUUGAACUCUGCCGACCACUAGAUUCCCGAUUGGAACAUGUUGAUUUUAAAUGUCUCUUUAAGUGCCUGAGUGUGUGUCAUCUCAUCCGGGUCUGUGCCUCUCUCCUUUUGGAGCGUAGGGUAAUCUUUGUUGCCAACAGCCUAAGCACCCUGUCAAAAUGUGGCCAUGCUGUGGUAGCUACACUGUAUCCAUUCACCUGGCAGCAUACCUAUAUCCCGGUCCUGCCAGCAUCUAUGAUUGACAUCGUGUGCUCACCUACUCCAUUCCUUAUUGGAAUCCUGUCUUGCUCCUUACCACAGCUCCAGGACCUACCCAUUGAAGAGGUGCUGAUAGUUGAUCUCUGUGCAGACAAGUUCUUACAAGAGGUAUCUGAUGAGGAUGAAAUUCUACCACCAAAACUUCAAGCUGCCCUGAUGCAGAUUUUGGAAGAACGAAAUGAAAUCUUGACUCAGGAGCAGAAUUUUUCACAAGAUGUGACACUCAACUCUCUGGUGUCCGAAGCAUUUGUCAGGUUUUUUGUGGAGUUGGUAGGACAUUAUUCUUUGAACAUGACUGUCACUGAGCGUGGGGAGCGUGUUUUCCAAAGGGAACCAUUCCGUAAGUCCCACACCUCCCGAAGUGUACGCCACUUCCUGGAUCUCUUCAUGGAGACUCAGAUGUUUGCAGGAUUCAUCCAGGACCGAGAGCUUCGGAAAAGUGGAGUUAAAGGUUUGUUUGAGGUCCGGGCCAUCCAGUAUUUGGAAACAAUUCCUGAGUCGGAGCCCAGUGGGAUGAAUAGAAUUUUGCGGAGUCUUGGAAGUAAAAUGAAAUUUCUGCAGAAGAAAUGAAAUCUCUGAUUGUCUCCAUCCUGAAUAUACAACAGAAAGUGCCAAAGAAAAUAUUUUUCCAAGGGUCAGGUUCCCAUGAAGUAUUCUAAAAAAUUCUUGAAAUUUUAAAAGGUUAAAGAGCGAGUCAGGCUGUCAGAGGAGGAUUCUCCUGUUGCUGCUGUAGUAAUCACUGGAGAAUUGUUGGGAAUGGUCUGGAACCAAUGCCAUCUUUACUCUGUCUCUAUUUUUUUUUUUUAUAGCAGCCUUUUCUAUGUGAUUCUUGGGCUCAUUCUCUGUUUUGUGCUUUGUCUGUGAAAGUAGUUGUCUUUCACAAGGAAAAGCCUUGUUGUUGUUACCUUUAAAAAAUAGCUCAAAGAUGAGAAUAAUGAGAGAAAUGCUGAGUUUAAGGUAGUAGAGAGACACAAUAGAAAUGGAGAACACUAGCCUUAUACACAUAAUUCUCAUCACUGAACUAUCAUGGCAGCUUUAAACCCAUGGGCUGUUUGACCUGGGCUAAGGAAUAGACUCAUCACAUAUCUCCAUUGUUUUGCCUUAUAUUAUAUCUAGGGGAAUCUCACUUAGGAGGAAACCCUACUUGCAAUAUUACAAGGUACUGUUAUUAAGUACCUUAUAAAAUUAGACAUCUUGCAACUCUGCCUCCAAAUUAUGUGGCAUUUGAGUAGCUUGCUUGUCCCUCACAUGUCAACAUUAAACUUUGUGGAGGCUGGAUGCAGUGGCUCACACCUGUAAUCUCCACCACUUUGGGAAGCUAAGGCAGGAGUUUGAGGGUAGGAGUUUGAGACUAGCCUGGGCAACAGCAAGAUCCCAUCUCUACAAAAACAUUUUAAAAAUAAGUAAAUAAAUUUAAACUUUGUGAAA